CCAUAUACGCUAGGAAAAUUGUUUAACUGUCAGUAGACAUAUGAAGUUCUUAUAGUCAAGUCGCAAUUCGUUCUCGAUAUUGUAUGAUAAGAAAUGAAAGUAAGAUCGAAAAUUAUUCAACCAGGAAUCCUUAAGAAUAUUUAACAAAAAAAAAAAAAACAUUUGCAUAUUGCUUAGUAUUAUUGAAGCAUUAACGUUAAUUUUCAUAAAAGAGAAUCAUUUCGGAUACGUAUCAUAAAAAUAAAAAUUAAAAUAAAGUAAAAAUGGAAGGCGAAUCUACGGAAUCAACACAUAAUACUAAGGUCUCGGAUUCAGCCUAUUCGAACAGCUGCAGUAACAGUCAAUCGCAAAGAAGUGGCAGCUCAAAAUCACGUCUUAGUGGCAGUCACUCUUCCGGCAGUAGUGGUUAUGGUGGUAAACCUUCAACUCAAACUAGCAGUGAGAUACAUAUCCCAAAACGUGGCAAAGAUAAGGCACGCAAGAAGAAGAAGCUAAAAUGUUCAUCUUCGACGGUCGGAAAUGUACUCGAAAGCGCACCCGAAGAUGGUCCACAAGUACCAGAAUCAUGUCAACAUGAUAAUGAUGAACAAUUAUCACACAAAGAUAUUUCCAUUGCACAAACCUCUCGUCUGGAUAUAAAAGAGAAUUUAGAGAAAGAUACAAACGAUAAAAUAUCUGAAAAGCCCUUACCAUGCCCAACACCAUCACCACAAUUAGUAGCUAUACAACAAGGUACAAAAUCUGAGAAGACUUGUGAAUCAGCUCCUGCCAAAUUGGAAACCUCUACUAAACCAGAAAAAAUUAAGGAGGAAAGUUUUUGUUGCGUUAUAUCGAUGCAUGAUGGUAUCGUACUUUACACAACGCCCAGUAUUACCGAUGUACUUGGCUUUCCACGCGACAUGUGGUUGGGUAGGUCAUUUAUUGAUUUCGUUCAUUCCAAGGAUCGAGCGACCUUUGCCAGUCAAAUAACUACGGGUAUACCGAUAGCCGAGUCGCGCAGUAGUAUACCACGUGAUGCUCGCAGUUCGUUCUGUGUUAUGCUUCGUAGAUAUCGUGGCCUCAAAUCAAAUGGUUACGGUGUUCCUGGUCGACCGAUUAGAUACGAACCCUUUCGUUUGGCAUUAACAUUUCGUGAAGCGCCCGAAGAAGCAAGACCUGAUAGCUAUUUACCAGGUGGCGCAAAUAUGUUACUCGUUAUAUGCGCUACGCCCAUAAAAACUUCGUAUAAAGUCGCCGAUGAAGUACUCUCGCACAAGCAUCCAAAAUUUUCCAUACGUCAUACAGCUACUGGUAUUAUAUCGCAUGUGGAUAGUGCUGCAGUAUCAGCCUUGGGCUAUCUACCGCAAGAUCUUAUAGGACGUUCUAUUUUAGAUUUUUAUCAUCAUGAAGAUCUCAUCGUUUUGAAACAAAUCUACGAGACUGUCAUGAAGAAAGGACAAAGGGCAGGAACUUCGUUCUGCAGCAAACCCUAUCGUUACCUUAUUCAGAACGGUUGUUACGUUUUAUUGGAUACAGAAUGGACAAGUUUUGUUAAUCCAUGGUCCAGAAAAUUGGAAUUUGUUGUCGGACAUCAUCGUGUCUUUCAAGGUCCCAAACUUUGUAACGUGUUUGAAUCUCCGGUAGCUAAUAAACUCAAACUUUCAGAAGAAGCGCAGAGUCGUGUCGCACGAAUUAAGGAAGAUAUUCUGAAAUUGCUAUCGGAAACCGUGUCACGACCCCUAGAGACGGUAAAACAAGAAGUUUCAAGACGUUGCCAGGCUUUAGCCUCCUAUAUGGAAACUUUAAUGGAUGAAGUAUCACGUACUGAUCUAAAACUAGAUUUACCUAAUGAAAAUGAAUUAACCGUUUCUGAAAGGGACUCAGUGAUGUUAGGUGAGAUUUCACCACAUCACGAGUAUUAUGAUAGCAAAAGUUCUUCGGAAACUCCGCCAAGUUAUAAUCAGCUUAAUUACAAUGAAAAUUUGCAGCGUUUUUUUAGUAGCAAACAUAUGAUGGCACCGAUAGAGUAUGAUCCACUAAAAAAUGAACCAUCUUAUAGUGCACCAGCUGAGGGCAGAAGUACUUUAAGUCCGGUGCAAUGCUUUGAAGGCAGCGGUGGCAGCGGUUCUUCAGGAAAUUUUACUUCGGGAAGUAAUUUGCAUAUGGGCAGCGUUACUAACACCAGCAAUACAGGAACAGGCACGUCCUCUGGAAGUGUACCAUUAGUUACACUGACAGAAUCAUUAUUAAAUAAACAUAAUGAUGAAAUGGAGAAAUUUAUGCUGAAAAAGCAUAGAGAAGCGCGUGGACGUAAUGGAGAAAAAAAUAAAAAGACCAAUGAGAAAUUAUUAGAGUAUAGCGGACCGGGGCAUGGGAUCAAAAGGGGAGGUUCGCAUUCUUGGGAAGGCGACGCGAACAAACCCAAACAGCAGCACACUAAUCAUAUGGAAAUGCAAAGAGAUUUCGUUGAUCAUAACAAUUCGCCUAAAAUGUUUGGUAAUCUACAAACAACUUGGGGCACAACUUUACCUAGCCCAUAUAAUAGUGGCUUAUCCCGUGCUCGUAAUAUUAAUCUAUGGCCACCAUUUUCUUUGGGCUUAACGACACCCGCUACACCCACUCCGCAAAUAGUGUCCCAAAGUGGUUUUACGCCGCAGCAUAGCAUCUUUCCUACCAUCUAUUACAUUCCCGCUACGGGAGCUGGUCCUGUUACCGCGAAACGAAUUCCCACUGAAUUGCCCAGUACCUCUACUCAAACAUUACCCCUCCAGUACAUGGCAAGCGUUGUUUAUCCUCAUCCAUCAUUCUUUUAUACGCAUCCCGCAGCGACUGCUAUGAUGUAUCAGCCUCUUACCUUUUCAAAUGUGGCAAACACAAUAAAUUUACCUCCGCAACAAACUGAUUAUAAAAGGUCACAAACUAUGAUGGUCGCGCCAUCUACAACGAAAAAUCAGCAAGGAGCUUUCCAUUCGAUAACGCCGUCCCAUUUGCAGCGUCCCUCGUCACAAGCCACAUCAGUAAAAGCAGAGCCUGGCUCAAAUAUGGCGCCAUCUGAUUCAUCCAAAAAAGGUAUUGCUGACUCGCCCAUAGCUUCUGUCAUGGGUGACUAUGUGUCAGAGCAACACAACUCAAAUAGUUUAAAACCAAAAAGUGACAGUAACGGUAAUAGCGAUGACAUGGACGGAUCUAGUUUCUCAUCGUUUUAUUCGUCAUUUAUUAAGACUACCGACAGUUCAGAUAGCCCCCAAGAAAAUGACAAUAAGGACUCGAAUCAAGUACAAAGCAAACAAAAGCACAUGCAAAAUGCCGAAGAAGAUCAAACACAGCACGGAGAUGGUUAA